AUGCUUCCACUUGUGCUCCUUCUUCUUCCGUGGCGCAAGUGAUCUCAGUUGCCCAACCUGGGGAUGAGGGCUUCGUUCUGCUGGACGACCGGUUGCUCCAAACGCAAUCGUCGGUCAUGCAGAAGGCCCAGGUCCACGAGGUGCGCAACCUGAUGCCGGAUGGGUACCAAUUAACUUACCGGGCAACGUGGAAGAGCAUUAUUCCUCUCCACGCCGGUACGUCGAUUGGUAUCCAUUACCACUCAAUCAAGGACCUGGGCGAAUUCUCCAUUCACCCAUUCAAAGUCCUCUUCCUUGAAACAUACGGUAUCAUGCCCAGGCAGCUGGCCCCUAAUGGUCACCGUUUGUUGGGCAGCUUCAUCAAUGUCUGUCGGUUCCUCUGUAUUCCUCUUUCCCUUCGUCUCUUUGACCAUAUGUUCGAUGUCCGGCCCGGGUCCAAGGAGACCCUUGGAUUCGUGGUGGUGUCUUCUCACCAAGGCCGGGCAUUUCUCUGUGGCCUUCCUCCCUCCAACAAGAGGUGGAAGGACAAAUACGUCUGCAUCAAAUUCCCCCCGGCCGAUGACCUGGUUGCCUGGGAAACCACUCUCCGGGCCAGGGAUGCCUCCACCCGCGGUCUUUACCAUGUCGGGAAGUGGAGCGUCUACCCCGGCCGGGAGACUGACCCUGAUCCGGAGAUUGUCCUGACUGGGGUGAUUCCCGAAGCCAUCCCCAUCAGCCGGGCGAGGGGAUCCAAAGCCCUGGCCACAGCCACCGCCGUUCCUUCACGCCCGGCGAAGAAGAAGAAGGAGAAAGGUUAUGAUGAUUGGAAGAUCAUGAUGGAAGCACAUCUCUACGCUCUACAUGACUGCAUGUGGAUGGUGCUUGAGGAUGGACCCUUGAAAAUCCAAAUGGAGAAUCCUGAGAGGAAUCUAGCAACUCCUGAUGAAGCCACUAAGUACCCAGGUGUCUGGUACUUAGACAGUGGCUGUUCAAGACACAUGACGGGUGAUGCGAGCCUUUUGAGCAAUCUAAUUCCCUAUGAUGGUCCAAGAGUUACUUUUGGAGGAAGCAAUGAUUUCGGCCUUACUAAAGGGCUAGGAAAUCUGGUGUACAAGGGACUAACCAUCCAAGCUGUAUCUUAUGUUGAAGGACUCAAUUAUAACCUUCUUAGCAUAAGUCAGUUUUGUGAUAAAGGUUACUCCUUGGAAUUCUGCAAGGACAUGGCAUCUCUCAAGAACAUCUCCACAAAUGAAGUCAUUCUCACUGGGAAGAGAAUCAGAAACAUCUAUGAAGUAUUAUGGAGCGAUGUCAAGGAAGCAUGUCUAAUCAGAAAAGACAAGGAUGAAGAAGUCAAUAAAGGAGAUAGAAUGAAGCCCACGGAGUUCAUUCCAUUCAGAAGUCUGCCUCUGAAGACUUCACAGAGAAAUCCGGACUCAGACAGUGCUGAGCCCUCCGGAAAUUUUGGCCAGCCUUCCAAUAUUCCGGAUCUCUCAAACGGCGAUAAUUCCGGAAAUGGCAACCCAGUGCCAAUCCAUCCGGAAACACCAACAACUUCUGUUCUUCAACCAGAAGCUGAACUAAAUCAACCAGUCAAUCCCAAUCAACACAAUCUUCUUAAAGGGAAAAAGUAUGAAGCCAGAUACUGGCUGUACUACUUAUCCUCCAAAGAAGAAAACAGAGCUAGUGCUAGUGCCACUGCAGAAGAAAGCUCAUCAGACAAUGUUCCACUCAUCAAUUUCGCAAAGACUACCAAGAGAAAGCAUGUGGUGUCUCCUUCUCCCAGUGAUGAAGCACCACAGAAUCUUGCUCCAAUAAAUCUUGAAGAAGAAGAAUCCUCUGACCAAGGAGAACUUCAAAAGAAAAAGAAGAGGAAGAUCAACUCUCCAUCAACAUCUGGAAAUGUCAAUCCGGAUGAAUUGAAGGAGAAGGAACCUGCUGAGGAAACAUCUGCUCAAAACCGGAGCCCUCAACAACUUGAAGAAGAAAUUCCUCAAGUCCAAAGCCUUCCAACCUCAUCACCUCAACCUCAAAUAGAUGAUGCAGAUAACCAAUUCUGGCAGCUCUACUAUGGUUGGAAAGCCUGGAAAGUUGGAAAUUCAGCAGAGCAACUGUUGAAUUGGGACCAACAACUGAAGAAUGAGAAGAUCAUCAAAAAGUGCUUAGGAAUACCAGUCAACCACAACUGUGAACAAAUUUUGGAUGACUACUGGGUAUGGCAAAGGAAUCCUGAAGACUUGCAUCUGGAAUACCUGGCCAACACACCAGUUUCUGACUUUGAAGCAGAUGAUGAAGAUCCUGCAGUCUUCAAGUCAAUCUUCUCAAAAGACACAGAAGAUCAAGUGGUUUUCACUUCUGAAGCACAAGGUGUUUUGGAAGCAGCAACUGCAGAUUUCCAAAUACUUCCGGAAACCUCACAUGUUUCUGAAAUGGUUCUAACUGAAGUUGUAGAAGAGAAGGCAGCCUCUCCCCCACAAGAACAGAACCAGGAAACAGCAGAUGAAGAAGAAUUUCAGCCACUAAUCCAAUCUCAAGUUUUGGAGAUUCUCACCACUCCUUGUGAGAUCUCCAAUCCUACUGAAAUUGAGAUCCCGGAAAAGUCAGCAGAAAUUCCGGAACAGUCAGCUCUUCCAGAAACAAUGGAGCAAGCUGUUGAAGCACAAAGGAAUUCUGGAGAAGCUGCAAAGGAAACUCAAAUGGCAGAACUAGAGGUCUCUGAAACUCCAGUAACCAUUUUUGAAGAAGAGAAUACAGCUGAAGAAAGAGACUCCCUCUCUAGGGAUAUAUCAAAUUUUGCGCUUGAAGCAGAAGGAGAGUCUGAAAGAACACUGAAGGUUACUGAUGAAGAAGAUGUACAAGAAGAUGCUGAAUCUCUUCCUAUGCAACUCUUCCAAAGAACACCAUCAUCUCAUCAGGUAACCAACUUUCAUUUCCAUAACUCUUCCACCCCUACUCUUCCGGAUGAGAUACCGGAAAUCUGGACAAAGAAGGUCCAAGGGCUGAUUGAAUCAGCCCUAGCAUCUCAACAUGCCUCCUUUAGGCAAGAGAUAGAGCAAAUGGAAGUCAGGCACACCCAGCUAAUAGAGAAAUAUGAAGGAAAACACAGCGCAGAUCUCAAAGAAAUAAGCAAAUCAGUGCAGAAGACUGUGGAGAUUAUCUCUCUAUUGAGUGAAACUGUGAGCAACACGAUGGAAAUAUAUGCCUCUGACAGUCAACUUCAACUCAAAGAGAUCAACAAAGUCAAAGAGCAAAUAGCGAGUGUCACAGUUAGUCUCCAAAAACAGAUGUCCCUUCUCCAAAUGGACAUCAUAUCAGCCCUAGCAGUAGCUUCUGCAAAUCAGGUAGUGACCAAAGACUACUUGAAGGUGAUCAUUGACAAUCAAAAGGAAGCAUACAAGCUGUUCAGAUUUAUUGGUGCAAACUCUGGAAACCGCAAGAUGGAAGUAAUUCUCCAACAACACAGUCCAUCUCCAAUACCACAGCUCCCUAUUGCAAUCAAAGAAGGAGAAGUAUCUUAUAUUCCUUCUCAUCUGAACUUGACAAAUCUAAUCCUUGAAGCACAGCAAAGAAAUCCGGAAGACUCAGCACAGCUUCUAUCCAGCUUAGGACUGGAUGGAACAGAAUUUAUAGGUUCUUUUGACGAUGAAGAAAAAACCGUUAAGGAAAAGGAGUCAGAAGAAGAGAAAACGCAGGAGCAAACGAAGCUUCCUAAGGAAUGGAGAACGGAGAUUAUCUCGCCAAAGAUUGUUGAGCCGACCCUCUUCAACGACGUCACCUAUGCCCCGUGUAAAGCUCCCUUCCAACAUCAAGGUUUGCUAAAGUUUAUCUCCUUGAAAUACGAUUUUUAUUGUCCUAAUGUCAUUCGUCAAUUCUAUUCAACUCUUCGUAUUACUCUCGGAGAUAGUCCGGAUUUGAUCACCCACAUUGACGGCAAAACCUUUACGGUUAAUGCCAAGACCUUGACGGCUAUUCUUGGUCUCCGUCAAGGUGAAGUCCGUGGAAAUUUUGACAACACCUUUGAGGACAAAGCCAUUUGGAAACAACUCGGCAUCCCUUUUCAUAGGCUUUCAUACGCCAACUCCUCAAACCCGAGUGUCACUAAUCUCACUUUGACACAACGGGUUCUUCAAUAUAUUUUUUGCUAUGUCUUGUUGCCUCGAGACUCAAACCAUGGCAUCGUAAACAAGGAUGACAUCUGUUUGUUUCAUGUUCUUUUGAACGACGUCAAAUUUGAUUGGGUCCAUUUCUUUCUCAUUGCUCUACGUGAUGGCUCUCGACUCCAUCACCUUCGUUUCGCCGUACCUAUAAUGCUUAUCCUUCUUAACUCGGGAGUGGACUUUUCACGGGACAUAAGGGUGCCGGUGAAGAAGACGUGCUUCAUUGAAGAAACGAAGUUCAUCCGUGUCGUUUGCCGGAACGAGGGUGAAAUGCCUCAACGCAGAGUGAACGAGCAAGAAGCAAGCAUCCAUGAGAGCCAAGCCGAGAGCGAGGCCACACGUAGCAAUGCCGAUGAAGGACCGAGCAAUGUAGGAGAAGAAACUAGCCGAGGCGCAAUGAGAGAAGCCCGACGCAGACGCCCAAAACCGAGAGCGGAUGAGCCCGAGCCUUCUUGGGUCCGGAGGAUCUUAGAUUCCAUCACAUGUGUACGUAAUGACAUCAGACAUCUUUCCGAUCGUGUAUCCCGCCUUGAGGAUUCCCGCUUCUCCCGCUCAUACCGAGGUCCACGUCACAGCUUUUCUGGAGGACCCAAGCCGGCUAAUUCUCUUUGACCUUGCUUUAUGCUUUAAUAACUAUUGAUUGUUUUU